CCCAUAAUAUAAGGGCAAAAUGUUUUUUUUCUUUUUAGAUAUGGAGAAACUGUGCUUCACCAUAAAUGUAAAUAUGUCAGUCUUUUCGGCAGCUUGCUUUUAUCAUGAUUUGAUGACUCAUAUAAGCUUGUGAUGUGAAUGGGCUCAGCAAGUCGGAAAUGGAACUGGGUUCGGCUUCUUCUACUUCCCCCGACUCUCCUAACGGUUUGAAAUUUGGUGAAAAAGUUUACUUUGAGCACGUGGGUGACGUUGGAGCACAUCACAAGUCAACUACUGGGUCGCCGCCGGUGAGCGGAGGUGGUCAACCCUCUCAGUCUCCGUCAACAGCCAAGAAAGGGAGAGGGGGUGGAUUGGUUCAAGGUCGUCGGUGUCAAGUUGAAGGUUGUGAAACAGAUCUGAGUGAUGUUAAGGCAUACUAUUCUAGGCAUAAAGUUUGUGGCGCCCACUCUAAGUCUCCUAUGGUCAUUGUUGCUGGUCUUGAACAAAGAUUUUGUCAACAGUGUAGCAGGUGUGUUAGAGUGUUCAGAACAGAUAAUGGAGGAGAAUUCUUUAAUGCUAAUUGUCAUGAACUAUUUACUAUGCAUGGUAUUAUCCAUCAAAGAUCUUAUCCUUACACUCCACAACAAAAUGGUGUUGUGGAGAGGAAGCACAGACACCUACUGGAAACUGCAAGAGCUAUCAAAUUUCAAGGCUGCUUACCUAGCAAAUACUGGGGAGAAUGUGUUGAAGCUGCUACAUACAUCAUAAAUAGGAUACCUCUGUCCAUUUUGGGGAAUAAGUCACCAUAUGAGCUAUUCUAUGGGAAGGAACCAUCUUUAUCUCACACUAAGGUGAUAGGAUGUCUUGCCUUUGCUACAAACCUAUUGAAAGAAGACAAGUUUGCUCCUAAAGUUAAGAAGACAAUUUUGCUUGGUUAUGCUGUAGUACAUAAGGGGUACAAGUUGCUUGAUAUUAAGACAAAUAUUUUAUUUGUUAGUAGAGAUGUGAAGUUCGAUGAAACAAUUUUUCCCUUCCAAAUACCAGACUUAAAUCUGAGGAUGAUCUGCAUUUUCUUAUGCCACAACCACCUGCUCCGACAUGUUACCAUAGCCAUUGUGUGAUACCUGUACCAGCUGAUACUUCUGUGGUCCUUGCAGAAACAGAUGUUCUCAAUCAUGAUACUUCUAUGGUCCCUGCAGAAGCAGAUGUUCCAAUGUAUGAAGAAACAAAUGAUUUGCCUGAUCUUGAGACCGUAAAUAAUGAUGAUCGUGCUUUGCGGGGAACGAUGUUGCAGUGGUUGAAGAAACAGAUCUCGUACCAGUCGUUGUCACUAGAAAGUCCAACAGGUAGGCAAAGCCACCCCUUUGGCGCACAGACUAUGUUUUUCCAAGAAAGAGAAAGAAAACAUCAGCGGGGAAUUGUCUAUAUUCCAUUGCAAAUAUGCUUGAUUACCAGAGCAUUUCUCCUUCAUAUAGAAGCCUAUCAGAGAUUCAAGAUGGAUUACAGCUAUGCAGAAUGAGAUACAAGCUCUAGAAGAUAAUAAUACAUGGGUGCUCACACAACUUCCUGUAGGCAAGAAGGCAAUUGGGUGUAAAUGGGUGUAUAAGAUCAAAUAUAAAGUUGAUGGUGAGAUUGAUAGAUUCAAGGCUAGGUUGGUUGCUAAAGGUUACAACCAAAAGGAAGGUUUGGACUAUCAGGAAACUUUUUCACCUGUUGUAAAAAUGGUAACAGUCAGAGUGAUUAUUUCAUUAGCAGCUGAAAAUGGUUGGAACAUCCAUCAAUCGGAUGUGUUCAAUGCUUUUCUUCAAGGUGACUUGAAUAAGGAUGUAUACAUGGAAUUACCCUUGGGAUUUGUUCAUCAAAGUGAGCAGGGGACAGUAUGCAAGUUGACUAAGUCUCUUUAUGGACUUAGCAAGCAAGUAGACAGUGGAACAUUAAGCUAACCACAUCUUUACUUGAUGCUGGCUUUCAACAGAGUCACUUUGAUUACUCUUUAUUCACAAAACACCAUGGAGGUAGUAUGGUAGUAGUACUGGUUUAUGUUGAUGACUUGUUGAUAACAUGAAAUGAUCAUGAGAUGGUAUUGGACACAAAGAAGAUUCUUCAAGAUAAAUUCAAGAUUAAGGAUUUAGGUGACAUGAGAUAUUUUUUAGGCAUUGAGUUUGCAAGGAGUGAGGCUGGAAUUCUUAUGCACCAGAGAAAAUAUUGUCUAGAGUUGAUAUUAGAUAUGGGGUUGUCUAACUCAAAGCCUGUUGGAGCUCCUAUAGAAUUAAAUCAGAAGCUUAUCACAUCAGAAUUUGAUUCAUAUGACUUCUAAAGGUGCAAAGCAGUUGAGAGCAUUUUGUGAUGCAGAUUGGGCAUCAUGCCCAAACACCAGGAAAUCAAUCACUCACUGGAUACUUUGUGUUUUAUGGAGAUUCUUUGGUUUCUUGGAAAUCAAAGAAGCCAAAUACUAUCUCAAGAAGCUCAGCAGAGGCCGAGUACAGGAGUUUGGCAUCUACUGUGGCUGAGAUUGUGUGGCUAGUUGGACUGUACAAGGAACUGGGAGUUGAUGUUGCUUUGCCAGUGUCCAUAUGCUGUGAUAGCAAGUCUGCAAUUCAAAUUGCAGCUAAUCCAGUGUUCCUUGAACAUACUAAGCACAUAGAUGUAGACUGUCACUUCAUCAGGGAGAAGAUUCAGCUUGGAUUAGUUCAACCAACAUAUCUACAUACAUCAGAGCAACCUGCAGAUUUACUGACCAAGGGUCUUACAAUAGUUCAACAUACUUAUCUACUUACCAAGCUAGGCAUGAAGAAUGUGUUUCGUACACCUAGCUUGAGGGAGGGUGUUAAACGGUUAGUAAAAUGUACAGCUGUCCAUUGACAGCUAAGCUGUAUAUAGCAGUUAGUUAGAAACAGUUAGUUUGUUAAUCUAACUUAGUGACUAAGAUACGUGUGAUAGCAAUGAGCUAAGAGAGUCUAUAAAUAGGAGCUUGAGGAGUAGCAGUUAUUAACACUUGUACUCAGAAUUUUCUUCUCUUUUACUCAGAAUUUUCUUCUCUUUCAGUUGCUGUAUACAUAGUUUCUCUUUGUUCGAGCUUACAAAUUACUUUGUUCUUCCUCUUGCAUUGUAAUAGUUAACAGGGUGUACUCCGAUUGUAGUUCAUUGGUGUGCAUACAACUGCAAUAAUGUUAAAGUUUGACAGCUCUACAUAUGAUCAUGCUAAAAGGUGUGUUAUGGUUUUCCGGAAUGUACUUUUGUUGGUUUGUGAUGACUAGUAAAGUGGUGUUUGGUUUUGUUAUCCACCCAAAAAUGCAUCUUUUCGCUAAGUAUGAAAUGUGGAAGGAUAAGAGAUUAUGUAAAUCAGUGUUUUGAAGCCAAGUUACUAGUGAAAGAUAAUGAUGUGCCUAAAUUAAUGUGGUUAACCCAAUGAAGGAUUUCCACCUCGGAAAUUGGAUUCUCUACUUUUGGAUUAGUUCUUUGAGCAUAUAAACAAAUGUAUCUACAAGUUGACAAAAAUAUUGGAUAGUUCUUAGAGAAGACAUGGGGAAAAAGAGAGGAAUAGCUCCAAAUUAGGUGAAGUUGAAUUGUCACUCAUGGAGAUAUACUCAUGUUAAAAGUAAUAAAAUCUGCAGGAAAAGGAUCAGUGAUGGAGUAGGUGUAAAUAUGGGAUUCGUAGCAGUUUUGUCCAAAGAAAUAUCUCACAAAAUAAUUGCUACUAAAUGUAAUUAUCGUAAAACAUAUUAACUAAGUCUCUUCUAAUUAUCCUAUGAGAAGUAAAAGUUAUGUAUUUCAUGUGAUGAAUAAGUGUUCUUUUGUUUUGGGCAGCAUGAUGCAUGCUGAAAAAUUUGGGAAAAACUAAAAAAGGGAGAUGUAUUCGACCAAGUAUAUUAAGUUGAGAGUACUUGCGAAGAGAAAUUCCUUCUAGUUUAGUUGUAGAAGAUAUGUUAACAAAAUUCAGCAGUUCACCGACAUUUAUUUUAUCAGAAAAAACUUAUUUGUUAGUAAGGACUGUGUUAGAGAUAGUAAAGAGGGUGGUCUAUCCUUCGUAUGUUCUCUAUUUCGUUCAUUCUUUUUUUCUUACCCUCUAUCUUCUCUUUUAUUUUUUCCCAUUUGUGAUUCUGAAAUGGAGUUGGGUUGAGGACGCUGUUCUUACGGCUACCGUUGCCACAGGUGAAAGCUAGAAGAAUCUCAUCUUGUUUGAGUAUUUUCUUUUCAAUAUCUGGAAGACAUGUGUGAGCUCAGUUGCUGGUUAAUGUAGGAUCUUUGCUGGUCUUCUUGAAUUUGGCUUACAUUAUGGAUGAAGCACCUCCUAGAUGAAGGAAAAAUGUGAUUCAAUGAUCACCAAUGACAAUGGACUUAUCCCCCCCCAAAAAAAAAAAGUCAUAAAUAAUAAUGCAAAUGUUCUCCAAUUUCUUGAUGCUCAGUUACCGACUAAAUGCGUGUUCUUUAUUGCAAAAAAUCUCUUUUCCUUCAUCGACAUAUUUAUCUGUUUUGUCUAGUCUCUCUUCCACAACUUAUUUGUUUGUUAGGACUCUUAAGAGUUAGGAAAGAGUCCACUCUUGAUUCUUAGCUUCUAGGUGGUUGAUUUGACAUGAUUCCUUGUAAGUGAUUUAUGUUACCUUUUAUCUUGCGAUGUUGCUUUCGUUAGAUUCUUUAGUAUUGUUGCUAUUAGUGAUUGUUAAGCUCAUUCUCAUUAUUAGAUCUCCAAACAUGCCAAAUGCUUGUUCAACUGUUGGUUAAUUCCUUUUAUGUGAUCAGAAGUGCGAAUUGUUGAUCUAACUACAAGAAUCAAGUGGUUUGAACAAUAAAAAGGGUUAAAAACCACCAAGAGGGAGCACAAACUAAGCAUGAUGUUUAACAUGUCGAUCCAUAGAAUGUAAUACAAACACAAAAGUGCGUCUAAGGUCGCCACAGCUAAUUACAUUUGGCUCUUUAUACUCCUACUGCAAGAGAACCUUACUUUAUUUUGUUUAAUGGGUUAAGAUAUUGCUAAAUAUAAGCUUAGUUUUCCAUAAUUAAAAUGGUUAGCUGAAUGAUUUAUUGCUAACAAGGUGGGUUAAGAUAUCACUAUGUUAAGCAAUAUCUUUGGUGUGUUGCUUCUCCUUGCAUGAUAUUAAUUGUUGGUGCCUUGCUUUAAGGUUUCAUCGGUUACCAGAAUUUGAUCAAGGGAAACGCAGUUGCCGCAGACGCCUGGCUGGCCAUAAUGAGCGUCGCAGAAAGC